GCUCCAGCAUCAUCAAUCAAGCCUUGCUCUGGCCUACCUAUGUAACCACUUGCGAAGUCACAGCGUACCUACCUACCUACCUACCUAUCACCACCGUGGGCGCAUACCGAAAUCUCAAGUGCAGCAAGGCUGUGGGGGUCAAUUCAUAUCUGAGCAAAAUCUUCGCACACGAAAAAAAAAGGAGACGGCCCCCAAAUUACUUUUUGGCCUACGGGUUUAUCCAAUGGCAGGUGGUGGUGCUACGGCGUGCGCGCGGCGGCUACUGGUGCGGCCUGCGUCGCCCUUCCGGUUUCGAACGUACAGCACGCAGCCCCCAAGAGGCUCGAACAACACGGUGAAGUUCUGGCCGUUCCUUGCUAUCAUCGGCCUGGGGACCGCGGGGUAUGUUAUGUUGGUAAGGGCUAAGGCCGCGAGCAGGAAUACACCGGUGAGGAGGUUGCAGUAGUGGCAUCCUUACAGCCUUAUUGGAUUUAUUCGGCAAAGACUAUGUCAAAGUUGAUAGAUCAUAUGGUAUAUUAUAUGUAUGAUUAUCGAUUGGGCGUGGAUGGGUUUCCGGUCUGCCAACAUACAUACAUACGUACAUGAUUCACUAAGCACAAUGCUUUCGUUUAAGGCUGAGUGAGAGAAGUUGACUGUAUAAGAUGGGUAGAGAAGGAAAAUAGGAAAUACCAUGAUUAGAGGAAGCUUCUUCGAUCACUAAUUUGAUACGUAUAAGUUAAGCUCAUCUCCGUCUACUACGACGGAAUAUAUGAGAUAUCAGCUAAGUACCUGAGAAAAAAGCUGUAUUUGAAGUGACGAGAAAUAAGAGAAAAUAUUGCAAAGCAACAUCAACUUAAUCUAAUAAGAUAUACGGCUAUUUAUUUUAGGUAAUCACAGUAUGGUUAACCAAUAUAUAGACAUAACUACCUAGGUUAUAUAAUCAUGAA